AUGCGGAAAUCAUUCACGACCAGAACCCAGAUCGCGCUAACCGUAUCUGCCCUAGCGCAAUCGGACCUCGACGUCAACCAACGAAUCGCACAUCCUAGGGAUACAACCAAUCUACACCUCCCCUACAAUUCAUUCGCAAAGGACACCAGGCCCGCCGACAGUCCAAUGGCGAAUCCACAAGUCUGCCCCUCCACAACAACCACCAUCCAGCGCCUCCCACCCGAGCUGGGCGCCAGCCUACUCGACACCUGGUGGCACGCACGCGACGACGCGAGCUACGCGCAGCUCCUCCAGUGCCUGAACGCCUACCUCGACGAGCGCGCGCCGAGUCCCAACAACGUCGUGCAAAUACAUCCACCCGCGGAAUCCACUAAGAACGCGCUGCUGCAGAUCCUGCUCCUUCUCCGAGAACAUCCGGGCUAUACGAGUUUCAUUGCGAAGUUGGGCGAAUAUUUGGAUCAUGUCGAGGCGCUGUGUGGGGAGAAUGGUGUUAAUGGACAUGGAAAUGGAGUGGAUCAGGUUAUGAUGGCUGAAGAUGGUUCUUGUCCCGUGGUCCAGAAUGGGUAUAAUGGGGCUGGGGCGCCGCAGCUGGCUCAAAAUGGAGUUGGUGCUGAUGCGACGACUGCUGCUGGUGUGAAGCGGGCGAUUGUUGACGUUGAUGGCGCGCCCCAUGCCGCGGAGUAUGCGGGUCAGACGAAGAAAGAACGUCUUUCUUGA